AUGUGUGCGGGGCUUUUUCCAAACGUGGCGCAAGUGCAACGUCAAAGCAAUGCGCGUGGCACGUACCAUAUUUUUGUAAGCCGCCAGCGCGAACGUUGUGCACCACAUCCUUCGAGCCUCAAUUUUCGUCAGGGAAAUGAGUUUGCGGCCAAUCACGGCUGGCUGCUGUUUCACGACAAGGUGAAAACCUCCCAGGUGUACCUUCAUGAUACUACACUGAUAGGUUCCUUACCAAUUCUGCUUUUUGGCGGCGAUCUCAAGAUCUUGGCCAAGGAGCGGAAAUGUGUCACAGUGGACGGCAUGAUUUUCGAAGCCAAGGACGAAAAGGCAGCGGUCCUUUUCAAAGAGCUGCGACGGGAGCUUGAUCGUUUGUUGCUCUUGAAAGUCGCCAACCCUGCAGAGGAUUUGUCAACCUCAGCAGAGCCUUUGCUUUUGACCGUGUGCGGCUAUGAUCAGUUGCUGUGCGAUGCGGCCGGAGAUCAUACGGAGCCCUGGUGUGCCUUGAAAGAGAUGGGCUGCCCAGUGCAUUGCGCAGACGUGGACUCUCAGAUCAGAAUGAGUGAGCUGGGCUGUCCCGUGAAUUGCACGAAGUCGAUGCCACUUGCACAGAGAGCUGUGCAGAGGGUGGAGGUGAAUGAAGGCUCCUUGCCCAGAGCUUUGUGGCCACAAGGAGGUUUCAUGCAGCAGGAAGAUGGCUGCCCGGUGAAGUGCCAUGAUGACGAGUUCGCCUGUCAUUUGCCACCUCAGCACGAGGCCUGUGUGCAAUGGGCAUAUUGUCAUCACAUUAAGGCACCAGACCUUGCCAAGGGUUGGUUCCCGGUGUAUGACAUCGAGCGGCUCUAG